AUGAAUGCGGAGAUUCGCACCGGCAUGCACGGCAGUGGUCUCGGGGAAUAUCUGACGACAAGUGAGCCCGCGCCUGGGUCUCGGCUCGGCCUUGUCGGCACUUUCUUCCUGUUCAAUAAGCCAAACGGAACAGUGGAGCGCCUGAACAAAGACCUCCAGGGUUUCUUCGGCUCAGAGAAUGCAACUUGCACAGCCAGGGUCACCUCUUCGACCUUUUAUUCCGCAGACCUCACCAGUCUUCUUGCGAUGUUUCCAUUAACUGAGCACGUCGGCCAAGGCGGCGGGCUGCAGGCAUCCAGACUUAUUACACGGGACUCGCUGACAGGAGACCUCGAGCUUCUUACCGAAGUCUUGUUGGCAGUAGGUCCGAACUUUGAUGGACCAAUGGUGAGUCGGGCCUCCCCAUAUCUGCUCCUAAUCCCAGUCAUUCCUGUUCAUACGCUCUCUGAAGCUCACUCUCGCACCUCAGUACCAUGGGAUGGCAUCUCGAAUCCGAGCGUGGCCAUGACAGUGACGGGCAGCUCAGUGCCCGUCGACAAUGCCCUCAACCCUGCCUGGCGAGAGACUGUCCUCCACUUCAUCCACACGAGGAGCUGGAAAGACGACGUGCCAAAGGCCGUGGUGGACAGCGCCUAUCACAAUGCCACGUACAUCGCCGGGGAAAAGCUUCGGAAGCUGGCGCCUAACACCGGCGCCUACAUCAACGAGGCCGAUAUCAAUGAACCAGAUUGGCAGUCGUCCUUUUACGGGCCAAACUACCCGCGGUCCUCCCAGAUCAAACAGAAGUACGACCCCGACCAGCUCCUGUGGUGCCCACACUGCCCCGGAAGUGAAGCUUGGGUCCAGCAGGACGACGGUAGACUUUGUCUGGCUCAGGAGUAG